AUGCGCGGUCUCACUCUCCUCGUCCUUGCCCCGGCAGCUCUCGCCGCGCCGAACGCCCCCCGUGCUGCACCCGUCGAUGCCCUUGUCGGUUAUGGUGCUAAGGCGACCGGUGGUGGAAGCGGCAGCGGGACGACAGUAACAUCUUGCUCUGCCUUCACUACGGCUGCUAAAGCCGGUGGUGUUAUCAAGGUCUCUGGUGUCUUGGACAACUGUGGUAUUGUCGAUCUUGUGUCUGAUACCUCGGUUAUUGGUGUCGGAGCCAAGUCUGGAUUCACUAAUUCAGGUAUCCGGGUUAAGAAGGCGGACAAUGUGAUUAUCAGGAACCUGUACUUGCACAACGCACCAAGCAAGAAGGACUUGGUAGAGCUUCAAUACUCUACCAAUGUCUGGAUUGACCACAAUGAUUUCAGUUCAAAUGGAAUCACUGGAAGCAAGGAUGCCUAUGAUGGGCUUUUGGACAUAACCCAUGGGAGCGAUCAGGUGACCGUCUCUUGGAACAAGUUCCACGAUCACUGGAAGGGGAGCUUAGUCGGGCACUCUGACAGCAAUUCUGGCGAGGACACGGGCAAGCUCCACAUCACAUACCACCACAACCACUUCACCAAUGUCAACUCUCGUCUCCCGUCCAUCAGGUUCGGAACAGGUCACAUCUACAGCUCAUGCUAUGAGGACAACCCAACCUCGGGCAUCAACUCCCGCAUGGGUGCUCAGGUGCUAGCCGAGAACAACUACUUCGUGAACGUCCCUCAGGCUCUCGUGACCAAUGUCGACAGCGAUGCGGACGGGUUUUUAGUAAACAAGGACAACAUUCUCGUCAAUUCUACCAUCUCGAUAACUCAAGUUGGAAGUCUGACCCCGCCCUACAGCUACACGCUGGACUCUGCUGACUCGGUUUGCUCCAUCGUCAAGGCGAGCGCUGGAACUGGAAUCGUUGGUUGA